AUGUAUAUACAGGUUGGAGCGGAGUUUGUUGGGACCUUCAUUAUGAUAUUUGCGGCAGCAGCAGCACCUAUCGUGAACCAAAAGUACGAUGGCGCGGAGACACUGCUAGGCAACGCAACAUGUGCAGGGCUAGCAGUGAUGGUAGUGGUUUUGUCCAUCGGCCACAUCUCCGGAGCACACCUAAACCCAUCAGUCACUAUCGCAUUUGCAGCGUUUCAACACUUCCCAUGGUCCCAAGUUCCCCUCUACAUAAUAGCGCAGGUUCUGGCGUCCAUCUCUGCAAGUUUUGCUCUCAAGGGUGUUUUUCAUCCAUUUAUGAACGGUGGAGUUACAGUUCCUUCAGUAGGCAAUGGCCAAGCUUUUGCACUCGAGUUCAUUGUCACUUUCAACCUCAUGUUUGUCAUCAUUUCUGUUGCCACAGAUACCCGUGCGGUAGGGGAGUUGGCAGGUUUAGCAAUUGGAGCUACAGUAUUGCUCGACAUUCUUAUAGCAGGGCAAACAACCGGCGCUUCAAUGAAUCCGGUCCGGACUUUGGGGCCGGCAGUGGCUGCAGGACAUUAUAAGUCACUGUGGAUCUACUUGGUUGCCCCAACACUUGGUGCUUUAGCUGGUGCUGCUGCCCACACAGCUGUGAAGCUCUCAGAAAUCCGACCAAACCAUCAGAUCCAUGAUGCCAGUAAUGGUGAGACUACACCACAACCUCGCAUUCAUUUCCCCUCAGACAAAUCUCCUUACCGGACAGGGUAUAAUGUGCAAGACACAUGCACCAACACUUGA